AACUGCUCGUCAGUAAUCCACGGGGUGCGCGUACGGUACCGUUGCCGGCGACGUCUACGUCGGCUCGCUACACCACGCACGAAUCUCGCACGGCUAGUGGCCCGACAGUGGUGCAGUGAUUUAUAUGAGACUUAGCUGUCAUCUUUUUCGCCUCGAUCGCCGAUACCUUCAUUAUCGUUAUCCUCAUUAUCAUUAUCAUCAUCACCAUCAUGAUCAUCAUCAUUAUCAUUGCGAAUUUUUAGAUUAUUUUUUUAGACCUUCAGAUCAUUAUUUCCGUUCCAUUGACCUUAGUCGCGUUGCGUCUCCAUCAGCUGCUGAUAAACGGGCACGUCUAAGUUCUCAGGGGAGAGAGAAAGAGAGAGAAAGAAAACGCUUCGAUACUUACUAUUCGAACUCGUCUUUAUUCUUAUUGCCAAUUAUCGCGAUAAGUUGCGUUACUGCGUGUAUAUAAGUUGCUGCCCGAACAAUCUGACGUGCGAUCUCAAUUAAUUUACUAGCAGUUGUGUGUAACCGUGAAACCAGUCUUUUGCUGGCGAUGCAGAAAGGACAAUUUAUAUUCGAACAGAGAGAGAGAGAGAGAGAAAGAGACCCGGCGCGCUAUCGAUUUGUCACCGCUUUUGUCCCGCGAAACGUUCUUCAAUAGCACCGAGUAAGCUGCGAACUGGUUCGCGCGUUUCGAGUUCAACUGCGGAAAAUUGCACAGUAAUUGCGGCGUAAUUGAAGGUGUACCGUGGCAAUUUGCAGCCUUAAAAGCUUGGGACGACGAGAACACGCGACACGUGGCGCGAAUGUAAUAAAAGCUAACUCGAAUUUUUUCAACUUAAUUUUCACCCAUUCGUUUCUGCGAUACGUGAUCGUAUUUCAUAUCCGGAGAGCCGGUUCGUCUCAUUGCAGACGGAUCUCGCCAAUAAAGAAGCGUGCUCCACCCCUUACGCUGUUGGUACACUCUCUGUACUCGGCAAAAAGAAAGAGAGAAGGAACACGGCUCUGAGAAGCGAAAGAGAACGGGAGAGAAGGCCGUUCCUGGCAACGAAUUUCGGACUCGGUAUUCUCAUCAGUCGUCGUCGGGGAGCGCGACUGUGCCCGCGGUUUUGGUAUAUCGGCUCUACGUAAAUGACCGCAGUGGGUCGGCUUUCUUCUUCGACCCCUCUGUUUCAUCACCUUCGACACUGACUUUUUCGGAGGCCUCCGGGCGCAGAAAGUUGUUUCGCACUUCUCUCCGUUGAAUAUCGCCGUAUAUCGCUAAUCAGUGCUCAAAGUGCACGUCGUGCAUCCUAAAUAGCAGUAGUCCGUAGGUAACUCGAGGGUCUGUCUGGGAUGAGAAUGCCGUCACCCCUUGUUAUCGUCGUAUAACAACGUCGGUAGACGAUGUAUCCUCCUAAGCGCGUCCACCAUCACGUGGCGACACCAACCACGUACAUCUUACGAUGUCUCGUGGUUGUAACGAUGAUCGCGGCUGCGGCGACAUUUUUGCAUAUUAACAAUUACAGACCCAAACAAACAUUCCUCUCCUGCGAUAGGCCAUGUCAUCACUUGGAUUGGCCCAUGAUUUGCCGGGUGAAACUCACCUUAGAAGUCUUUCAAUCGCUCAGCAAAUCAUGCGGGGAUUGUCCGCUGAAUCAGACGGCCUGCUUGGCAAAUCACUGUGUCUCCACGGAUGGACAGAGACGGGGCAUUCUUACAGCCAAUCGUCAGAUGCCAGGACCAAGUAUUCAGGUCUGCGAGAACGACAUCCUAGUUGUGGAUGUGAUCAACCGUCUUCCGGGUAAAGCCAUGGCGGUACAUUGGCGUGGACAAACGCAAGUGGAAAUGCCGUACAUGGACGGCGCGCCCUUGGUGACACAGUGUCCAAUACCGAGUUACACGACUUUCCAAUAUAAAUUUCGAGCCUCCAUGCCCGGAACACAUCUCUGGCACGCACACGCAGGCGCUGACGUCAACAACGGCAUUUUCGGCGCGCUUAUCGUGAAGCAAGCGGACCUUCGGGAGCCCCAUCGCGCUCUUUACGACAUCGACGACCCUAAUCACGUAGUCCUAGUGACCCAGUGGCAACACUUGCCGGAAAACUCGUUCAAUCAGGGUCACAUGAAACCGGCGAUUCUUCUGAUCAAUGGAAAGGGUCGUCAGCCUAGCGGACCUACGGUACCCCUCACGACAUUCACGGUCGUUCCCGGACGACGUCACAGGUUCCGCGUCGCUAACGCUGGAGGCGCCGGUGCGUGUCCCGUGACGCUGUUCGUCGACGGUCACACGCUUCUCCUGAUUGCACUUGACGGACACCCCAUAGAGCCGCGGCAAGUCACCUCGAUAACGCUGGCCAAAGGUGAAAGGGCGGACUUCGUGCUGAAAGCGAGCAAACGCAUCGCUUCCUACUGGAUGAACGUUCAUACAGCGAAAGAAUGUGGGACGAGCGCGAUUAAUGGAGCGGCGGUGCUCAACUAUAAAGGCAGUUCGGAGAUCCCGGCGGCGAUGACGGCGGAGCCGUUCGAUCAGCGGGAUGUCGACGAGAUGGAGACGAGCAGGUUGGCCGCGACGACGAAUCCCGUGGAGAAAUGCGGCAACCGCGAGAACCUGUGCGUCACCGACAUGCAAAACGUACGCAAGAUGCCGCGCUUCCUGGCCAAGCCCAAGAUGGACGUGACUAUGUAUCUGCCAAUUAACUACAGAAUGCAGGUGACGGAAUUGAUAGGUAACAGCGGGACGGAGACACGAGUGCUGAAUGUGGACAACGCCACUUUCACGUUUCCGUCGUCGCCGCUGUUGACGCAGGGUGGCGACGUGUCCCCGGGGAUGCUGUGCUCCAACAGCGAGCACGACGGCAACGAGGACGAACGCGGUGAGAGCAACGAGACUGUGCCGCGACGUCGAUGCCGUGCUGCCGGCGACGCCACCGGCACGAGCGACAUGUGCGAAUGCGUGCACGUGCGUCACGUGCCGCUCGGAGCGACCGUAGAGAUUAUUCUCUUAGAUCAAGGUGGUCUGGACGAUUUGGUUUAUCACUUGCAUGGCUACAGUUUCUAUGUGGUGGGUGCCAGACAAUUCGGACGAAGUAUGUCACUGCAGGAUAUAAAGAAUCUGGACGGGAGAAGGCAACUGUUCUCGCGAAAUCUUGACUGUGCACCGGCCAAGGAUACCGUAAUUGUGCCCAAAUUUGGUGCCGUGGCACUGCGAUUUAAAGCUGAUAAUCCGGGUUAUUGGAUGUUACGAGAUGAACACGCGGCUGAUUGGACUCGCGGUUUAGAUGUUAUCCUACAAGUCGGGGAUCCUAGCGACAUGGUAGUUGCGCCGCAGGACUUCCCCAAAUGCGGAUCCUUCGUUGGACCCGAUUACUUCCUUAUAUAGACUGUUAAUCAUUUAAGUCGAUUAUGUAUAUAGUUGUAUAUAACAAUAUCGUUCCGAACACAUAUCUAAUCGAAGGUAGAUGCAUUUUUACGACCAUUUUUUUUACGAAUAAAUAACUGCUUAUAUGUUUAAUA